AUGAGUUCAGCAACCUCGUCGACAUCACUGUCUUCUAUACACCCUCAAACAACUAUUGAGAACGAGAGUCAUCUUGGUUGUGAGAAAAGUGGAGGUUUUUUUGAUAGCACCUUAAAAAUGACGGGUUAUCGUAAAAGGAGGUUAUCAAAAAUUCCAGCGCCGGUUAUCAUUCCACCUCCUUCACCUAUAGUUACAGCACCUUCACCAGUCAGUCCAGCAAUUAGUGAUUCUUUCUUGGAACUACCGUCUCCAAAGACACCCCAGAGUCCUACGAAGAGAUUUGUUCUUAAACCUAUUACUGCCUUGACUGCCGCCUUCCAGAGAACGUCUAUUACCGGGCGCAAUAGGUCAACCUCAUUACUGAGAUUAACAAAAUCAUCGAACAAUUCACCGAAAUCACCUAAAUUUGGUUCCCCGAAGGCAUCUCCACAGUCCCCGAAGCCUCCAAAAUCUCCAAAAUUGGUACAUCGCAAAGGGAGUAAUGGAUCGAUUCGUAAGCGUUCCGAGAGCCCUACCAGUUCCGCCGUGAACAUUGCGAACGCUGUAUCUUUACUUUCUGUGACCAACACACAAUUACCAACAAAUAAUUCAAAGUCCUCUUUUUUUGGAAAACCUUCAUUUUCAUUAUCAAUUAAUACCUCCUCACAAACGACUACUACAAAAUCCGCUUCGAAGCUGGUAAAACUUAGACCCCCCAAAUCCCCUUCUUCAUGUAGAAAGGCUCUUCCAAUUACGCCUGCUGAAUUAGCAGAAAAAUUGCGUGAAGUUCCAUCAAAUAAUUCUAAAGUAGAUGAUGAACAUCCGCUCCAUCUUGAUGAAAAUAGUAACUAUAUGUUUAAACCUUUGCAUUCAAAUAAGGUUCCCAAACCUGUUCUCAUUGAUGUUCGCAAUUUGGCAUUGUACCAGGAUGAACACAUUU